AUGGAUCAGUACAAAGAUACCGCCUUCGGCCGAGAGGAAACGGAAACGGAAACCUGGCCCGCUCGCCCGCCCGCCCACCACCGUCCGAAGAGCCAAAAGGGAGAGAGGCGACAGACCUGGCCUGGCCGCCUCCUUCCCAGAAGCCAGAAUCCGGAAGCCGCCCCCGCCCAGGCCCGCCCCCUCGUCCCUCUGCGCGCCGCCGUCGCCAUGGGCGCGGGCGCGGGCGCGGCGGAGGAGCCGUCGCAGACGCGGCGGGCGCUGGUCGACACGCUCGCGGGCGCCAUCUCCGGGGGCAUCUCCCGCACCGUCACCUCCCCCCUCGACGUCAUCAAAAUCCGGUUCCAGGUUCAAUUAGAGCCGACGGCAAAAUGGGGUGUACUUCGGAGGGAUGUCUAUGGACCUUCCAAGUACACUGGACUUAUGCAAGCAACUAAAGAUAUUCUGCGAGAGGAAGGUUUGCCGGGAUUCUGGAGAGGAAAUGUUCCAGCCUUGUUUAUGUAUAUGCCGUAUACUGCUAUACAAUUCACAGUUCUACACAAGCUAAAAACAUUUGCAUCAGGUUCAUCGAGAACAGAGGAUCAUCUGCACUUAAGUCCUUACUUAUCUUACGUAAGUGGGGCUAUCGCAGGAAGUGCAGCAACUGUAGGGUCAUAUCCAUUUGACCUUCUCAGAACUAUUCUUGCGUCACAGGGUGAACCGAAGGUUUACCCCAAUAUGCGGUCUGCACUUGUUGAUAUAGUUCAAACUCGUGGUGUUCGAGGGCUGUAUGCUGGUUUAACUCCAACUCUUGUUGAAAUUAUACCAUAUGCUGGCUUGCAGUUUGGUUCAUACGACACUUUCAAACGUUCAAUGAUGUCAUGGAAUAGAUACAGAUAUGGAAUUGAGGAGGAUGACUCGGCAUCAAGCUUCCAGCUAUUUCUUUGUGGAUUCGCAGCUGGAACAUUUUCAAAAGCUGCAUGUCACCCACUUGAUGUUGUUAAGAAGAGAUUCCAGAUUGAAGGAUUAAAACGUCAUCCUAGGUAUGGGGCGCGGAUUGAGAGCAGCACAUACAAGGGCAUGUACCAUGCCCUAACAGAGAUAGUUGUUAAGGAGGGGUUUGGAGGCCUCUAUAAAGGGCUUUUCCCAUCGGUGGUGAAAUCGGCUCCUGCUGGUGCAGUGACAUUUGUGGCCUACGAAUACAUCUCGGACUGGAUAGGGGCCAAGGCCGGAGUUGAGUGA